CAUCGAUGGUGUUACUGUUGUUGACAGCUGAAACAUGACAUGAGGUUGAACCCUCCAAUAUUACUAGACGCCCAUUGUCCCGACGAGUCAUUCUGUUGCCUAAUUUUAUCCCCACGACAUUCACUUAAACUUCACCAACUUCCUCUUAAGUUCGUGUUUAAAUAAUCAACUUGUCAUAAUAAUGUUGUCCAGAUAUUUGGCAUUUUUGCUGAUAUCAUGGCUAACCGUGAGAGAAAUUGAAUCAAGAUCUUUCACAGUGGACUACGACCAAAAUUCUUUUUUGAAAGAUGGAGAAAAGUUCCGUUACGUGGCUGGUUCAAUUCACUAUUUUCGGUCGCCCGAGGAAAGAUGGGAAAGCAUUUUACAAAAAGCAAGACUCGGUGGGUUGAAUACCAUCACGACAUAUGUCCCGUGGACGAGCCAUCAACACUUGCCAGCAAUGGAUUUCAACUAUAAAGGAAAUUUAAAUGUGUUCAAGUUUCUGAAACUUGCGCAAGAUAACGACCUUCUGGUCAUCUUACGACCUUCGCCUUUUAUUGAUGCGGAAUGGGACAUGGGAGGAAUUCCAUCGUGGGUAUUAUGGGAAAAUCCUGAUAUUAAACUACGAAGUAGCGACCUUGACUACAAUUACCACGUUGCUCGAUGGUAUGAUGAGCUUUUGCCGAGAUUGAAACCCUUCCUCUACUCAAAUGGUGGACCUAUUAUUUCGAUGCAGGUGGAGAACGAGUACGGCUCUGUGGGCUGUGAUAAGAAUUACACCUCAUUUCUACGGGAUUUACUCCGACAUCAUUUAGGAAAUGAUCUCGUUCUAUUUACCAAUGAUGGGGCUGCCGAUCCAAACCUUAAAUGCGGCAGUGUGCCGGGUGUACUUGCAACGCUUGAUUUUGGACCAGAACCACUGUCCGAAAUAAAAUUAAGGUUUGAUCUUGAAAGGAAGCACAAUAAUGGAAAGGGUCCCCUCGUGUGUUCCGAGUUCUACCCGGGCUGGUUGGACCAUUGGCAGAAACCGCAUAACAAAGGAAAAACGACCGUGGUUUCUACCGCGUUAGAUAAUAUGCUGGAAAUGGGAGCAAAUGUCAAUAUUUACAUGUACCAUGGGGGCACGUCCUUCGGCUAUAUGGCUGGAGCUAACCUUGAUGGCGAUAUGUAUGACCCAUGUCCAACCAGUUAUGACUACGAUGCUCCUCUUACAGAAGCUGGAGAUCCAACGGAAAAAUAUUUCGCCAUAAAAUCGACCAUUGCAAAGUAUAUGGAAGUUCCUAAAGAAAAUCCGGUCGUGAAGAGGAAAGCAGCCUAUGGAAAGGUUGCUUUGGAACUGUACACGAGCGUCCAUGAUACAGAAUUUCUCACUUUAUUUGCGGGGAGAUCGAUAGCGUCUUCAUCCGCACUUUCAUUCGAGCAGCUUAAAAUCGGGUCAGGAUUUGCCUUGUAUCAAACACCCAUUGAUUUUAAAACUUCGGAUCCCAUCGUACUAAAAACUCCGCAACUGAGAGAUCGUGGCAUAGUUUUUGUAGAUGAGGAGUUUGUCGGAAUUUUAUCUCGAACUGAGAAUAAUUUUGCGAUUCCUAUCAGAAUCAAGUUGGGACAGACGCUCACCGUUUUGGUGGAAAACCAAGGCCGUAUUGCGUCUGGAGAUGCAAUAGGAGAAAAUAAGGGUCUCGGGAAUAAUAUUACGCUCGGGACACGUGCUCUUCAUAAUUGGACAAUUUUUCCAUUAGGGGAGAUCGAUGGGAAGAAACUUUUAAAGUACAGUCAAGGACUGAAAGACAAGAGUCUCCAAAUUAAAGAAGAUUUCUUUUCUGCAAUUCGCAACCGUGGGAGUGCCCGUUUUUUUGCUGGGAAUUUCACCUUACCUCGAGGCACUUCUAGGGAUGAAAUAUUGGAUACGUACGUUCGACUAGAUGGGUUCAACAAGGGCUUUAUCUGGAUCAAUGGGAUCAAUCUUGGCAGGUACUGGCCAGUUGUCGGGCCUCAAGAAACUCUCUACCUUCCCUCGACAUUCCUGAAACCCUUUCCGGAUACCAACACGUUCAUUGUCUUUGAGUUGGAACAAGCCCCAAAUGCAUGUCUGGGCAUUCCAGCCGAGUACAGUGGCAGCAGCAGCGUCUGUUACAUCACAAUGACUGAUACGCAUGUGAUAGAUGCCCCCACACCUUAUGACGGGAUGACGACGAGGACCAGUGAGGAACGCUUUUGGCAGAGAACAUAGCUUGAUGAUAUGUAAUUGCCCGUGGCCUUGCUAUUUAAACAAUGACGAUUUAUAUUUGAACCCAAAUACAUUUAAUGAAAACGAGAAACAGAUUGAGGCGAAUUAUUACUUGUAUAUUAUUAGACAAACAACAUUGAGAUAAUAAACAUUUGCCAAAAUGAGGGAGGUUGUAGGA